CGCAAAAAGUACUAGGGCUACGAUUACACAAACAAACGAUUAGGGCUUCGAGAGAUGGAUCCUGGUGAAACGUCUAUUUGGAGAUGGAACAAAAAUAGAGGGGAGUCCGAUGAUCGGAAACCAAGGAUCAAUCGGAUACAGAGAAGAAGGAAUUGGAGGUGGAGAGAGCUGAAAAGCUCAAGUUCAGGAUCAAUAAGAUAGUCACUCAACUCAAUAAAUUGCAAGCAGAUGAAUCCGAAUCCGGAUCCGAAUCCGAAACCGAAUCCGAAUCCGAAACCGAAUCCGAAACGGAAUCGCGUAUGUAUGAAGAACGGGAUCGUGAACUGGAAAGGGUACUGGAACCUGUUGAAGAACAGACACUCGAUUCCAAUGAUCCGUUUAGGUUGAGGCGCCCCAAGACUAAGGGAGGAGAGGAUGAUAUUCAAUCAAUUCAAUGGUUACAGGGAGGAUAUCACCAUUUGCUGUAUGAGCCAGCUUUAACCGGCAAAGAUCCCAAAACUGUGGAAUAUGUUCGAAAUUCUGCCCAUCUAGCAAUUGAUUCCGAGAGGGUGGUGGAUGUGGUUGCAGCAAUCAUGAGACUGUGUGUAGGUGAGUUGGUGCAAAUAGGAUUUAGCGCCAUCCAGGAAGGUGAUGCCGAUCCCACUAAUUUCGAUGCAAGGAUUUUGUAUGGAACCCAACAUAAUACUCAACUCGAAUAUGUUCGUAUUUCUUCAUUCACCUCCAAUUUCUGCACACACCCUUAUUAAUAUUGUCGUAUUGAAUUUAAUUGCAUGUCGUAUUGAAUUUAAUUGCAUAUUGAUGGUAAAACGUAUAUAUUUGUUUUUUAUGUUUACUAGUAACCCUUGCGUUGCACGGGUACCAUUAUAAAAUAAAACAUAUUUAAAACU